AAAGGUCACCGGUCGCUAGUGAUGUUACCUGGGCGCAGCCAUCUUUAAUUGUCACUGAGCCCUUCAACACCGAGUACUUGGAUUGGUUGAAUUGCAGCCCAAAGAAAUGAUCUUUGUAGGCGAUUGGUUGGUGCUGCAAUGCCAUCCCGGCGGCUAAGGAGAGCGGGCAGGCAAGGGGAUUCGGGGCCAGGGUCGCGGCGGAAGUUGGCAAGCGUUCGAUUCUCUGGCGUUGGAUCGCGAGCGGUGUCUGCUUGUCCCGCCGAGGGCUCCCAGGACAGGGCAGGGAUCUAGGGGGUUUGCGCACCUGCUUUUUAAUCCCCCGCCCCCCUUUUUUUUAAAGUGGAGGGGGUGAAAGUGAGGGAGGAGAAUGGACAGAAUACUGACUGGAACGUUAAUUCGAGCGUUUCAUAUGCGAAGAGCGGAAUAACAGUUCCGUAUUCUUCUUUCAGUUUCUCCAUUAGAUUAGCUUCAUUUUCGAAUGCUCCGUUUUGCAUGCUUAAUUUUGAAGCUAGCCCGUGGUUUGGCAGAAUUUGACUGAAUUCAGGGGUGAGAGUUUGAUCCAGUCCAAGUGUAUUUGAAUUUGAGCACGCAGUUCAACCAGUGUUUACAAUGGAAUUUCUGAAGACUUGUGUACUUAGAAGAAAUGCAUGCACUGCGGUUUGCUUCUGGAGAAGCAAAGUUGUCCCAAAGCCUUCAGUUAGAAGGAUUACUACUACCUCUUCAAGGAGCACUGUCAUGCCUGCUUGGGUGAUAGAUAAAUAUGGGAAGAAUGAAGUGCUUCGAUUCACUCAGAACAUGAUGUUGCCUAUCAUACACUAUCCAAAUGAAGUCAUUGUCAAAGUUCACGCUGCCAGUGUAAAUCCUAUAGACGUUAAUAUGAGAAGUGGUUAUGGAGCUACAGCUUUAAAUAUGAAGCGUGAUCCUUUACACAUGAAAAUCAAAGGAGAAGAAUUUCCUCUGACUCUGGGUCGGGAUGUCUCUGGUGUGGUGAUGGAAUGUGGGCUUGAUGUGAAAUACUUCAAGCCUGGAGAUGAGGUCUGGGCUGCAGUUCCUCCUUGGAAACAAGGCACUCUUUCAGAGUUUGUUGUAGUCAGUGGGAAUGAGGUCUCUCACAAACCCAAAUCACUCACUCAUACUCAAGCUGCCUCUUUGCCAUAUGUGGCUCUCACAGCCUGGUCUGCUAUAAACAAAGUUGGUGGCCUGAAUGACAAGAAUUGCACAGGAAAACGUGUUCUAAUCUUAGGUGCUUCAGGCGGAGUUGGUACUUUUGCUAUACAGGUAAUGAAAGCAUGGGAUGCUCAUGUGACAGCAGUUUGCUCCCAAGAUGCCAGUGAACUUGUAAGGAAGCUUGGUGCAGACGAUGUAAUUGAUUACAAAUCUGGAAGUGUGGAAGAGCAGUUGAAAUCCUUAAAACCGUUUGAUUUUAUCCUUGAUAAUGUUGGCGGAUCCACUGAAACAUGGGCUCCAGAUUUUCUCAAGAAAUGGUCAGGAGCCACCUACGUGACUUUGGUGACUCCUUUCCUCCUGAACAUGGACCGAUUGGGCAUAGCAGAUGGCAUGUUGCAGACAGGAGUCACUGUAGGUUCGAAGGCAUUAAAGCAUUUCUGGAAAGGAGUCCAUUAUCGCUGGGCAUUUUUCAUGGCCAGUGGCCCAUGUUUAGAUGACAUUGCAGAACUGGUGGAUGCAGGAAAGAUCCGGCCAGUUAUCGAACAAACCUUUCCUUUUUCUAAAGUUCCAGAAGCCUUCCUGAAGGUGGAAAGAGGACACGCACGAGGAAAGACUAGACAGGGUCUCGCUGUGUCACCCAGGCUGGAGUGCAGUGGCACAAUCACAGCUCACUGCAGCCUUGACCUUAAGCGAUUCUCCUGCUUCAGCCUCUCAAGUAGCUGGGACUACAGGUAUGCACCACCACACCUAGCUAAUUUUUUGUAUUUUUAGUAGAGACGGUUUCGCCAUAUUGCCCAGGCUGGUCUCAAACUCCUGGGCUGAAGUGAUCCACCACGUCAGUCUCCCAAAGUUCUAGGAUCACAGGCGUGAACCACCCUGCUGGGCCUGAUCGUCUUAAUGUACAAUACUAAAACUUUCAGUGUAUGGAUGGAUGUUGGCAUGAAGAGAUAAUUUAAAGCUGGUUCUUUCUUGAAUUCAUCACUGAGCACCUUUCCAGCUGGCCAAGGUUUCCUUUUUUGUUCCUCCACCAUAGUGUGGUCACCACAGCUUUUAAAGUUCUAAAUCUCUUAGUGUCAUAUAGAAAAAUCUGGCUGGUGAUUCAUUUGUUUAUGCUCUUAAUAUUGAAAGGUGAGGGCAGAGUUUCUAACUUUUUAAAACCCUUACAUCUUGCAUAAGGAUUAGGCCUGUUUCGGCAAUUGAAACAUGUUUCUCUGAGGGCUUUUCCAUGGAAAUUGCAGCCUUCCAAUGGAGCCCAGAGCUUGCCACUUUGAUGUCAAAUGUUUACAUUUAGAUAUCUCUCCAGUCAAUCCAUUGCAGUGUGCACUUUUGAAUAUUCAUUAAUGGUAAGUGUUUUUACUUCCUAAUAUACUCAUCCUCAGUAUUGCACCUGAAAUGCUUGCUUGUAACUUUUGAUGUAGACCUGUUUUGAGAUUUCUGCUUGGUUUAUUCCUGUUAGACACUCGUUUGGUAGCACAUAUGUUAGAUAUAGGCUUUUCUCUAGAAUUGCUGGUCUGGUCUUACUACCGAGUUAUUGCAAAAGAAAAAAAAAAAUCUGAUUUUCCAGGUGUAAAUACCAGCUGCUCUUGACUUCCAUCUGGAGCAGCCUCAGCUCUUUUCCUGGAGGGCUCCCAGCUGGUAGUGGGAGUAAAAUACUUGAGCCAGGACCUCACUCAUCCUCAUUUCCACUCAGAAACUAUGGAGUUUGGAAAGAGAGUGGUCAGCAAAACUUUCUUGCUAUUAUUAUACCAGCACCCCUCAAACCUGCUUCAUCCUAAUCAGACAUUUGUUUCUAAUCUGCUAGCUGACUGUCUUUGAAGGGUUAGAUGAGGGCUACUGAAUGGACUUUCAGAUUUCAUCAACAUAGUUAACCAGAAGCAAGUUUAUUUAAGAGAUCAGUUCAGCACAGGCUACUGUAGAAUGUCUUACCCCACCAUAUUGUAAUGGUAUGCACAAAAGGCCUAAAAUCAGAGCUAUACAUCUAGGAACAAGACAGAUAUGUUGGAUGCUGUUGUACAUGCGCCAAUAAUAUUUUAAAACAAGAUAAACUAUUCCAGUGACCAUAAUUGCCUACCAUAGACUCCAGAGAAGAUCAGCAUUUUAGAAUUAGAAACGCACUUGAAUAGAUGGAAAAGAAACAAGUUGUUCUACCUGUGACAAGAGCACCAGUAUUGAAUGAUGAGGACAAAAAGAGGAAGAAUAUAUUCAAGGAAAUGUUUAGCACUUUUGUUCAAAGCUAGAACCCACUGUUUGAAGAGCAGCGUAUGGGCUGGUGUCUUGUCAGUUGUUAAACUGUUUGUUUGCAUUCUUGAAAUGCUUACUGCAGUUGAGGGUUCCAAGAUUGCUUGAAGAUUGAUUUGACUCUGGUCAAAUCAUGAGUUCCAAGACUUGACCAGCAACAUCCCUAAAGGUCUCUUUUCCUUCACUUUCUGGGGAUAAUUAAUUGCUGGUCAUCCUCUUGAGCCUUUCACACCUCGUUUAGUGGCUAUAGUGCCCCCAAGACUUGAGGCUGUCCACCAACAGCUGUACCCGGAAGCAUGGCUGUAGAACACUGCAGGGAAGGCAGCCCCAUGCAGGCCAUGUGCAGAUGCAGGUGGAUAGGAGGGCAAGAAAUUAGGCUAGAAAAUCAGUUUAGCAAAAAAGUAUGUAACAUUGCUUCAGCACUUGUAGAUGAGUAAGGAUGGCUCAUAAAUUAGGUCAUAAUAGUGUUCUAGUAGCUAUAAGAGAGGCAUUAAACAACACUCAUUUGUGACAUUCUAGGGCAGCCCAUGGAUGAGUUAAAAUAAUUCAAAUCUUGGCUGGGCGCAGUGGCUCAGGCCUGUAAUCCCAGCAUUUUGGGAGGCUGAGGCGAGCGAAUUGCUUGAGCCCAGAAGUUCGAGAUCAGCCUGGGCAACGUGAUGAAA